AUGUCAGCGACGCAACGCAUUCACCUCAACCCCAACGCGCCUCGCGCGCCCAUGAUGGGCGGUAUGACCGGAGGAAUGAGCGGCGGGGGCGGUGGCUAUACGCCUGAUCCGGUGCGGCCGCGCUCGGGAGGGCAGAUGGGCGGUCAGGGGGGUGAUGUCCUUUCGCAGGUCAAGGUGUGGAGCAGUAAGGCCGAGGAUGCUAUUGAGACUUACAGUCAACCUAUCCGGCCAUACGUGCCUGCUGCCGCACGCUUCCUCAUCGUAGUGACAUUCCUCGAAGACGCCCUGCGUAUCCUGACGCAAUGGGGCGAUCAGCUAUGGUAUCUCCAGAAACACCGCCAUUUCCCAUGGGGCAUAUCCCACCUCUUCCUGCUCAUCAAUGUCGUCACCAUGCUCGCGUGCUCUCUCGGUGUCAUCGCUAAGCGGUACCCUGACUACUCUGUCUUUGGUCUUCUCGGCGUCGUGGUCGCUCAGGGCCUCGGCUACGGACUCCUCUUCGACCUCUCCUUCUUCCUGCGCAACCUCUCUGUCGUUGGCGGACUGCUUAUGGUCCUCUCCGACUCGCUCGCCAACAAGAAGAAGCUCUUUGCGGGCUUGCCGAGCAUGAGCGAGACUGACAGGCGGAAGUACUUCCAGCUCGCAGGCCGAAUCCUGCUCAUCUUCCUCUUUAUCGGCUUCAUCUUCCAGGGCAACUGGUCCUUUGCUCGCGUGCUCGUCUCGAUCGUCGGGCUCGGCGCGUGCAUCAUGGUCGCUGUGGGCUUCAAGGCAAAGUACUCGGCUAGCUUCUUGGUUGCGCUCCUGAGUAUCUUCAACGUGUUCAUCAACAACUGGUGGAGCGUGCACUCGGCGCAUCCUCAGCGGGACUUCCUGAAAUACGACUUCUUCCAGACAUUGUCUAUCGUCGGUGGACUGCUUCUGCUCGUCAACAUGGGUCCGGGCGGUAUCUCCGUAGACGAGAAGAAGAAGGUCUACUAA